GAAAAAUGAAAGCCUAGGUAACUGGUUAGUUAAAUAGAAUUACGUAGCAAUGAGUUAAAGAAAGAACGUUAGAAGCUUUCAUUCUAUAAUUUUAACUUAUGUUUAAGAGGUACAUAAUAUGAAAACAAAGUGGAAUCAUCUUCUUUCCCCAUAGACCUGAAAAGGAACUCCUGAAACAAAAAUGGAUCUAAACCUUACUAUGAAUUUGCCGGACAGGGCAUCAAAGGAUCGUACCUUUAACAUCAAUUUUGCAUGUCAAAGAUGUUGCCAAGCCUUAAAGUUGCAUCCAUCUUUUAUGGAAAUAGAUGACCAGACUCUGUCCGAACUGACCGUUCCACUUUAUCCAAGCACAGAGGAUAGACAAGAGCUCAUUGAGGCCUUUCAAAAAAGAUGUUCCAACAGUAGUGUGAUGAGAAAAAUAGUCUUGCCUGUAAAUUUAUCUGAGGCCACAAGCGACUUUAUGGUAGUUGGGGAAUUAUCCAGCAUGCCGUUGGACAGUGAUCAAUCUCUAAAUAUUACAUCUAUGCUUUUUGACAUCAUGUCCAAUCAGUCUGAUGUCGACCACCCUUUGUGUGAAGAGUGCACAGAUAACUUGCUAGACCAAAUGGAUCAGCAACUGAGGAUAGCAGAAGACGAGUGCAAGGAGUAUCGGGAUUUCUUGGAACACCUCGAAAUGGGCAGUGAAGAAGAUGAUGACCUUGAAAAAUUACAGGCUGAUCUAGUUAAACUGCAAGAAGAGGAAACUAGCCUGGAAAAGCAGUUGUAUGAAAUAGAAGCUGAAGAGAAGAACUUAAAGGAAGUUUUGAAAAAAUGUGAAGAUGAAAACGAAGCUUUGCAGAGGGAAGAAGACAAGCGAUGGCAAGAGUAUUGUCGAAUCAAAAGACAACUGCUGCUUUCUGAAGAUAAUCAAAGAAGUGUAAAAAAUCAGUUGAAUUAUGCUCAAGCGCAGCUUAGUAAAUUAAAUAAAACAAAUGUUUUCAAUGCAACUUUUCACAUAUGGCACAAUGGCCAUUUUGGGACGAUCAAUAACUUUCGUCUUGGCAGACUGCCGAAUGUUCCUGUCGACUGGCCUGAAAUCAAUGCAGCGUGGGGCCAAACGGUCUUACUGUUGCAUUCUUUAGCUAAAAAGAUCAACCUUACAUUUGAGAGGUAUCGUUUAGUCCCUUAUGGCAACCAUUCCUACUUGGAAUCUUUGGAUAAAUCUAAAGAUCUCCCUCUGUAUUGCUUUGGCGGAAUAAGAUACAUGUUAGAUAAUAGAUUUGACCAAGCUAUGGUUGCAUUUCUCGAUUGCUUACAACAGUUUAAAGAAAAAGUGGAAGAUGGUGAUGCUUCUUUCCAUUUACCUUACAGAAUGGAUAAAGGUAAGAUAGAGGAUAUAAGUACUGGAAAAUCGUAUUCCAUUAAAAUCCAAUUCAAUUCAGAAGAACAGUGGACUAAAGCUCUUAAAUUCAUGCUCACGAAUUUGAAAUGGGCUUUGGCAUGGGUGUCUACCCAAUUUCAGGACAGUGCAAGAGGAAACUUUUAAUGUGCCAACUUAAAUGUUUUAGUUAUUAACUACUUUCUGACGGGUCUUUAAGUUAACGAUUUUUAAUGGGAAAUGGACUUUUUUGUGUGUUGAGAAUUGUUUUGAAUUUUGUGAUUAUAUGGAAAGUGAUUUAAUUUAAUGAGACAGUCCUAAUUUUAUUGUGUGAGAUGUCAUCAAAAUAUGUUUAUUUAAAUAAAAUGUACAGAUAUCAGUGUAAUUUAAUGAAUGAAUGAAUGUUAACAAAUGAAUAAUAAAUAGA